AUGCAUGAGCAGCAGCAAGAGCUGCAGCUACAGGUGCAGCAGCACUGUCUGCUGGACAAGGAUGAGGAGUUGGAUGAAAGGUGGAUCAGCCGAAAGUUAUCCGAUGCUUGCAACUGUUCCGAUUUGCGUGAUUUCAAUAUACUAAUCAAUCUGCACUGUGAAGCGUUUCCAUUCAGCCAUGAAACGCAUGUGCAAAUUUUUUACAUAACUAUUUUUACUGCUAUCAUUGUCCUCGCCGUAUGCGAUGCUACUAUAUCAAUAUUCAAUACCGGGUUCUCGUGGACAUAUAAUUUUUAUUAUAUAUGGAUUUUUGGCCCAACGUAUUGCGCAUUCAACAAUCUUAUGGGUAUUGCGCCAAUAUGCGCCAGUGUCUUCACAAUGAUUGCGAUGAGCAUCGAUAGGUUUCACUUUAUCUAG